CCCAUAUGUAUAUAUAAAUAUACAUGUAAUUUUGUGGGGUGACGUGGAACAGGGUAUGUGGCUUCUUGAAGGGGUUUGAUAUUUGAGAUAAACAAACUAAGUAUAGCCAAAGACAAAACUGAAAGGCAGCGCCUUUAGUGUAAGUAGUGGCAAUCGGUUUGGCUUUUAGCCCAUGCAGGAGCACAAGUGUGUUGUUACAAGAAAUGAUAAUAAGCUAUAUAGUAUUCAUUAAUAUUUUUCUUCUCCUUUUUUCAUGUAACAUAUUCUUUCUUUUGUUUUGUUUUCUUUUCUUUUACUUUCCGUUGAGCAUCUAUGUCUAUAUAUGUGAACCCAACUCAUUUCUUAUUCUUCAUAUCAUCAUAUCUCUCUCUCUCUAGUUCUUUGUACUAGUUUUUUUUUUCUUUCUUUCUGAGCUCUCCCUAUAUAUAAAUAGAGAGAGAGAGAGAGAGAGAGAGAGAGAGAGAGAGUGUAGUGUUAGCUCAUACAUAUAUAUAUUAUUAUAAUACUAUUAGCAAGAUGGGAAUAAACUCAAGAGUAGGAGAUUGUAUGCCAUUCUUGGUAAUGGUUCUAGUGCAAGUUUGCUAUGCAGGGAUGAAUGUUACGUCCAAGGUUGCCUUGGAAUCUGGCAUGACCCCUCUUGUUCUUGUCUCUUAUCGCCAAAUAUUUGCCACGGUAGCCAUUGCUCCCUUCAGCUUUCUGAUGGAAUGGAAAACAAGGCCGAAGAUCACACGGCCUAUUUUGUUCCAGAUUUUCUUUUGUUCUUUGACUGGGGCUGUAGCUAAUCAAGUGUUUUACUUCAUUGGUUUAAAAUACUCAACGGCAAUCAUUGCUAGUGCAUUGUCCAACAUUCUCCCAGCAGUCACAUUCCUCCUCGCUGUCCUUUUCAGACAAGAAUCAGCAGAGAUAAGGAAGAAGGAAGGAUUAGCUAAGGUGGUUGGAACAUUGCUCUGCGUAGGGGGAGCCAUGUUAUUGUCGUUUUACCAUGGUCAAACUAUCAAUCUGGGUCAAUCCAAUAUUCACUGGUCGUAUCUUGACAAAGCCAGAGUCCCAACUAGUUCUAGUACUUCCACCACACCCACCACAAACCCACUAUUAGGCCCUCUUUUCAUCAUACUAAGCACCAUUGGUUGGGCUGCAUGGUUCAUCAUACAGGCUGGACUGAGUGAGAAGUUCCCGGCUCCAUACACAACGACGACGUUGAUGUGCUCGAUGGCCAGCGUGGAGUGUGGGGCCAUCGGCUUUAUUGUCGAACGCAACAUGUCCGCUUGGUCAUUGACCAAUAACAUUUGGCUUGUUGCUUCCCUCUACGCGGGAGUUUUGGGUUCAGCAGUGGCAUUUUUCCUAACGUCGUGGAGUAUACAAAGAAAAGGUCCCCUCUACGUGUCUGUGUUUAGUCCCAUGUUACUCAUCGUGGUGGCUAUUCUCAGUUGGGCUCUGCUAUCUGAGAAAAUUUAUGUUGGAACGGUGGUAGGGUCAAUUUUGAUAAUUGGGGGGCUUUAUGCUGUUCUAUGGGGGAAGAACAAGGAGAUGAAACUACAACAAGAUGUGAAAGCACCAAAGCUAGUGGAGGAGAAGGAAUAUGAUAUCAAUAGUGACUUGGAAUUACAAACCACGCCUUAUGUUCAUUAUCCCAAAUGCAACCAUAACCAAGAGGACAUUAAUUAGAGAUUAAAAAUUAAAAUAAAGAAAAAGAAGCAGCACUAUAUAUCUAGAAUUAUUAUUACCACUGGUCUCUCGGUAACUUAAUUUAUUUUUAUAAUGAUAUUUGUGAAUGUACUUUGUAUUUGUCACUUUAUUCAGUAAUUUGG